CUGGCAGCCAUGGAAACGUGUGGACGCUUGCUAGCUAAUGCGCUACAAACUAGCUACCGCAGCUAAUACCUGUAAACGAUCAUAACUGCCAACGUAACGCGACGCUAGAUGCAUCUAGAUGGACGUUACUCAGCAGAGCAUAACUUUAUUAACUUUACAGUUUGUUGUGUGAAUGUUUGAUUAUUUUUAGAGCAGUUGAUAGCAUCCGCGCUAGCGUUAGCAUCCCACCGAUGGCUUUCUAUGAAGUGUACUCUCAUCCUGCUGUGAUUCGCUACAGAACCAGCGUUUGUACAAAGGCCACCCUGUUCAUGCUGGUUGUCCUGUGCCUCACAUACAUCGCACCUCUGCUGGUCGCUUACAGAAGCCAAGGUUUCUGGAUUAAAAGAAAGACCUAUGAAGAACAGCCUGUGGUGAGAUUUCAGUACCAAACCCUGCUGCUUGUAGCCACCAGCUUACAAGGAGACUAUGUUGCCUGGAGCACGUUCCCUCAUCUGAACAACAUGCUUGAAGCCAACCUGAGGAUUCCUGCUGUCUCCGUGAGAGAAGAAGACCAGAACCAAGACGGAAAGUUGGACCUUUUGAAAUUUCAGCUGCAGCUACCUCUGAAACCUGAGGAACAAGUAUACAGCGUUCAGCUGCUGCUCACCUUCAGCUAUCAGCUGUUUCGGAUGUCCACAGUGGUGAUGCAGAGUCUGGCGUUUGUGCAGCACUCGUCUCCUGUGCCUGGAGCGAAGCUGUUCAUUAGUGGAGACCUGAGGCUGCAGCAGAGGACUCCUCUGCCCCACCGGGGGCUCUACAACACUUACAACGUGUCGGUGAUCGACAGCUCCAGCCAUUUUGCAAGCGCGUACGACCUGACCACUAUUAUGAGGAGCUACCAGGAAAGAAACCUAACGACGGUGCUGUCCUGCCCAACACCUGUCUGGAUUGUAGGCCGGGCUGCUGGGUCCCCCUUUGAGCUAAAUGCUGAAAUCCGUUAUCCCCUGGAGAUCAUCAGCUAUCAUCCCGGCUUCUGGGAAACCAUCAAGUUUGCAUGGAUCCAGUAUGUCAGCAUCCUCCUCAUCUUCCUCUGGGUCUUUGAACGCAUCCAGAGAUUUGUUUUCCAGAACCAGGUUAUCAGAACUGUACCAAUACCUGUUGGAAAACCUCACCUCUCCUGAUCCAUGCUUACGGUAAUAUGUUUUCUACAAGUGAAGAUGGACUAAAAUAGGCCUGUUUUCACAAAUAACUAUAUUUUUGAUAUUAUUUUUUGUUUUGUUUUUCAACUUUAUCUACGUGUUAGAGAUCUUAACAAAUAAAAAAUAAAGAAAACUGUGCAUCUUGAUCAGGGAGGAUGAGUUGGAAACCAAAAAGGAAGUUCUAGUAAGACAAGAAGUAUAUAGAGGAUCUAACUUUAUGUAUUUGUGUCUUAAACUGCUGUUCUGUUUCUGGCCAACGCUCAUACAUGCAUUGUAAAUCUGCUCUCAUAUUACUCAAAGGUAUUAUUUUCAUAUACGGUACAAGAAAAAGUUAAAAAAUAAAAUAGUGAUUUUGUUAUGAUGCCCUGUUCCUCUUAGAUCGCUCUAAAGGCCCUUAAAUAUAUAUUUUUCCUGUAGAAAAAUGUGUGCCAUUAAUGAGUCACAUACAAUGGUACACCCUCUGUAGCAGUUUUGUCUUCACACUACACGAUGAAUGAACCGACUGGGUCUGGUAGAUAAAAACCAAGGCAACAACAUGUAGAUAAGAAAAUAGAAAAUUCUACUUUCGGCACUUUUUGCUAAUUAACCCUUAAGACUGAUUUUUUUUUUCUGUAACACAAAUUUGACAAGAACAGUUAAAUUAAUUAUCUUGUAAAUUAAUUAUCUCUAAAAUUAUCUUGUAGAUUUCUAAAGUUUUGCUGUAAUGAUUAAAUAAUAUUUAAUAUUCUCCCUUUUCUGUUGUUUUAUAAAGUUUUGAAUUGCAUAGAUUGUGAAUAAAUGUUCAACCAUCCUGCAUUUUAUAUGUUUG